GCGUAUCACAGGGCGUCGCCCCUCACACGACUGCCUGAGCAGCAAGUGCUGGCCCGUCAACCUCGUUUUUGCGCAGUACAGCCAGGCUGCCUCCCAGCAUGUCUUCGUCAAAGCUAUCGGCCACGGCCCCGGCCUUUGCUUGCCCCAAAGCCUGCGCCGAUCAUACCCACGCUCAAGAGUACCAUCAAUCCCUGCAGCCUAGCUUCGAGGAUGAGCAAGCCGUCAUCGAGCUCCUCGCCUCGCCUUCCCCUCGCACUUCGACUUUGCCCACCGGCCUCGUUUCUCCUCACUCAGCCAAGCAAGCGGCUCAAGCACUCGAGAGGCUCGAGACUGCCAGCCUUCCCUCAAUUUGGUCACACCACUCAGCAAGUGCAUCAACAGGCAGCUUUGACACCAGCGCAAGCCCAGCGACUCCGUGUUCCAGCCCGAUCAUCUCGCCAGCCUCGAGUCGCUACCCCUCAGCCAGCUGGGGCAUCCCGCCCAUUGCUCAUACUGCACUCAGCGAUCAGCGCCAUUCCUACGGCACGAGCAAUCCGAGCAGGCUCGGAGGUGGUGCAAAAUCACUCAGCACACCUUCUCUCCUUCCUGACGUCAGCUCUCCGCCGCCCUCUCGCCGCGCCUUUGCGCGCACCUCACGCUCUUCGAUUGACCAGCUCCCUAGCUUGCCUACACAGCACCAUGCAAUCCACAGCAGUCCGACACCUGCCCCACCACAGCGCGUUCUCCCGUCGCAAGCUGCGCCUUACGGUGUCGGGGUGCUUCCCAAGCCGCGAUCCUUCUUCAGCGCCUUUAGCCGCUCAGCAGCUUGGCAACCUAUCCGUCCUGUGCUUCCCGAGCGUAUGGGUCCUCCCCAGCCCCCGAACUUCAACUCUCACGAGCGCCUCAUCAGCUCGUCCCGCUCCUCCUUCGAUGCGGGGCCGCAGCAAACAAGCCUUUCAGGCCUCCUCGAGUCACCCUUCCCCGACUCAUCGCCAAGUGAGACCAGCGAAGCGCCUGGAAGUAGAGUCGCGCGCCCUCGUCGCGAGACGCUUUACAAGACGGAGCUCUGCCGAGGCUGGGAGGAGAGGGGACGAUGCGAAUACGGUGAGAAGUGUCAAUUUGCUCAUGGCCCUUCAGAGCUUCGAAACAUCACUCGCCACCCCAAGUGGAAGACAGAGCUUUGCAGGACCUACUGGUCGGAGGGGAGCUGCCCAUACGCCAAGCGAUGCUGCUUCAUCCAUGAGCUCCAUGAACAACGCACAGGCUCAGCUUCCCCAACUCUCGAGAUGAAUCGUCCGCCCCUCUUAGCAAGAGUGCGAGGCUCCCAGGAUGAGGCUUGUCACUAUCACCCGCACAGCGGACCCACAAGCUCUCUCAUGGCUGAACGAGAUACGAAGAGCUUCGACCUUGACCUCUUGGGCGGCCUCAGUUCUAGCGCCGCCAGCGCGAGCAGCAGCAUCAAAUUCACUAACCCCUUCAGUGGGGCAGACAGAAGAGCAAAUGCCAGUGGAGACAUCAUCAUAGGCCAGCGUCCUGCAUCGCCUAUGACCAUGGUCCCUCCUUUGCCUCGUAAGAAGGCAUAAGUGCCAGCACAUCAUGACGGCUCCGAGGCUACUGCAAGCGCCAUGUCACAAGAUCAGCAAGAUCGGAUGGCUUCUCCGGCCCGACUUCACCGCGACAAACCGUAGAUCCACCAAGCGCGACAUGCUCUCGCUGCUUCUCACUCUGCUACUCUUCCCUUCCUCCAAUGUAGGGAGUGUGCAUCCUCAUCACGCUUUCCUGCCAUUGACGAAAAGAAGGCACGAAAUGAUGCACUGAUGCUCUUUUCCCUCUGCACGCCUCUUUAUCUCUUUAUUCGCUCCUCUCUUUAUUCAGUUCCAUGAUCAUGACCAGCCCACGUCACUCUCCUACAGGCGGCAACUCGCCCAAAGGCAGCUUUCGCCACGGUGGAUCAUCGACGAGGUCCGCAGGCGGUGAAGCUAGCAACUCAACCU